GAGGUUGUCUAUGUCUUCUUCUUCUUCUUCUUCCCUGUUCUUGCUGUUCUCUCUAACCCUACUAACUGUAGCAGCAGCAGCCAUGUCCUCCUCCUCCUCAGAGUGCCAACAGCCAUUGCUGGAACUGUCGCCAUGCUUGCCUUACGCAGGUGGAGCUUCUGAGACUGCUGAAUCCCCCACGCCCGAAUGCUGCAGCGGUCUGAAACAGGUGCUGAAGACCAGCCAGAAGUGCCUCUGCAGCCUCAUCAUCGACCCUGACCUCGCCGUCGCCAUUAACGUCACUCGAGCUUUCGCCCUUCCCACUCUCUGCAAUUCUCCCGCCAAUAUUUCCCAGUGCCCCAGUCUUCUCCACUUGGCUCCUGGUUCAGCAGAAGCCCAGAUUUACGAAUCUGCUAAUAAUAAUAGUAAUAAUAAUACUUACAGUAACAGCAGUGGCAGCCCUAUCUCCAUUAAUGCAUACCCUAAUUCGGAGAGCACAACCGCGGUGACAGGGACAGUGGUGGAGUUCAAUGCUGCUGCUCGUGGGGAUUGGAGGCCGGGACUACAACUCCAGAUCAUUAAUUGCGUUGCUUUGCCUUAUUUGUUGCUCUAUUGCCUAUCAUGAUAAAUUGAUUAUCAUAUUUUAGAAAUAAUACUCCAUUCCAAAUUUUUAUGCUUAC